AUGAAAAGCCGGCCACCGGCGCAAGCGUAGAGACAGCCCCAGUAUGACAUGUAUGUAUGGUGGUACCGAGGUGACAUUUAAAACAUGCAGCCAACUCCAGAAACGAGUCCGACAAGUUUAGUUCUAUUGUUCCUUUCGCCGGUGGCUGUCCUUACUGAGGGUGUGGUGGUGUUAGACCGUGGCGUAGAUCGGCCUUGACACGGAGAAGGAAGCUACAGACAGUCGUGAAACACCAGAAAACUUCUGAUCAAUGUAGGACCAGGAUGGUACCCAGGAAGCCUUUAGAAAUACUGAAGGGCAUGAUCCCCGAGCUUCCCAGCAUGCCUUGCACGCGGCGGUCGGAGGAAGUUCCGGUGCUGUUCCGUGAGCCGUACGUGCAUGACGGGUACCGCGCCCCGCACCAGCCCUGGCACUACUACCUCCUCAGUCUCUUCCAGAUUCACAACGAAGUGAUGAACGCCUGGACACACCUCAUACCGUUCUCCAUCCUCCUCUACAACGUUUUCACCCGUACAGGUGAGCUAGACUUCAGCGCUGACCACACGUGUUGGGCCUUACUUCUACUCGGUUUCGGCGGUUGCUCAUUCCUGUUCCUCAGCUUCGCCGCCCACCUCUUCCAGUCCCACUCUGAGCACGCGCACUACAUGUGUUUCAUCCUGGACUACGUGGGCAUCGCGUUCUACGGUUUCACGGCCGGACUUGCGCAGUUCUCUAUUUGCAGCGACCCGUGGUUUUCCCGCGUGUUUAAACCUUUUUUCUUCCCGCUCCUGGUGGCCAGCGGCUGUUACACGUGCGUCUGCUGUUCCUACGGGAAGGUCAGGUUCAACCGGCCCUAUCCGCGCAUGCGCUGGGUGCUCCAGAUCAGCGCCGUCGGCAGCAUGUACGUGCUGUCCAUGUCUCCCGUCCUGCACCGCGUCUUCAUGGAUCACUUCCGGGGCAGCAUGGAUACUGUUUCCUGGAUGCACGUGGCGCACGCCUCGUUCUUCAUGACGGGAGUCUUCUUCUACACGUCCAACGUCCCGCACAAGUUCCAGCCGGGGACGUUCGACAUCUUCGGGCACGGGCAUCAGCUCUUCCACGUGGCCAUGGCGACCAUGGCCAUCGUACAGUUCGAGACGGUGUUUCGAGACCUUCAGUCCGGGCGCCACCUGCUGCUGUCCCGUCCGUCAGCCACGUCGAUCCUGGUGCAGCUUGCUGUCGUCCUGCUGUGCUGUGUCGUCAGCACACUCGGCAUGGCAGUAAAAGUGCGCCGGAAACUGAGGAACAAAGUGCAGUAGCUGUGUCGGUUGCCCUCAUUCCAUGCAAGUUCAGGGCGACAAAACUGGAUUUUCAAAGUCAAUUUUCUGGUCAUUUUUUAAUGUAGUUAGUGGAAUCAAUCCUGUCCCAUAGCAUAUAGCCUGGGUACCAUCCAGAUCUGGGCUUCGCAACGCUCGAAGAUAAUCCAGAUGAUACCCAGGCCAAUAGCAUACUGAUAUCUGUGAGGCUAAAAUUCGAUGUCACUAAUGGAAAACGGUUGCUUGUUAACAUGUUUGGGUGCUAUUUCAAACGAUUCAAUUUAUGAAAUAAUGACGAAAAUGUACUCAUGAUGAAAUAGCCGUAAAUGUCAAUAUAGACAGAUUUCAUCAUCCAGAAUAGUUUUCGUCUUGCCCUCCUGAAAUUACAUUGGGUGGUAUGUAAGCCAUUUGAAUUUGUGCAAGAAGUUUUUAUCAAUAGAACCUCCUCAAUUUGUGUUAUCACAAACGUGCUCAGGUGUAAAUUUAGCAAUAAAAGUUAAGUGGACAACUUGUGUAAAAUUACACACGAAAAGUUAGGAAAGGUGUUAGUACUAACGGACACGGUUGAGUAUUGGUUAAGCUUGUUAAGGUUAACCCGAAUUAAUGCACAUAUACAAUGUAACAUCAUGCACUGUUAUAGUUCAAUGACGUUAGACAUUUAAAAUUGGGAGGCUAUAUUCGUGAAUGUUUGACAGGGGCCUAAUGAAAAAAAAUGACGUAAGAACGGUUAAAAUGAACCCCGCAUAUAUCCAGGCGACGAAACAAAAGCUGUUGUCAGGUCCAACUCCGAUUGAAGUCAAAUAUUUUUCACCGAUCUUAUGUGUUGCCUAGUGAACAGAAAUGUC